CUUUUCUUGAGCUGUUCACUAAAGAUUUCUUGCAAUUUCUUACAACCAGAAGGCCAAUAACGGUUCCAUGUUUGCAUCAAAAACACCCCAUUUCUUCAAGAUUAUUUUAGAGGCCACUAUUCGAGAUAAGAAGCUUGGGAUUCCUAGAAAGUUUGUGAGGAAGUAUGGAAAGGGGUUAUCAAGUUCAGUAUUAUUAACGGUUCCAAGUGGUGAUACAUGGCAUGCCCAGCUGACAAAAUCUGAUGGUGUUGUUUGGUUUCAAAAUGGAUGGCAAGCAUUUGCAGAAUAUUACUCUCUCCAGUAUGGGCAUUUCUUGGUUUUCAGAUAUGAAGGGAAUGGCAAGUUUCUGGUGCUCAUAUUUGAUAUGAGUGCAUCAGAGAUUGAAUAUCCAUGCAAGAGCCAUAUUGAAGAUCACAAUAGUGAUGAUCAAGUGUGUCUAAAACUUGUCAACAAAGAAGCUAAAGAUGAUACUUGUGAUGGAACCUUGUAUGAGACUCCUCCAUGCAAGGAGACUAGGAAGAAGAAGAAGAAGAAGAGAUCACGACCACCAUGUUCUAAACCUCGGAAGAAACUCAAAACCACUCAAAAAGACAAAAAUGAAAAAGAUUGGGAAGAUGAAUCAACUAGUGAAGAUGACAUGCAAACCAAGGUUCCUAGGGAUGAACACGCAUUUGGAGUCAUCGAAUAUGAUAAGGCUCUUCAAAGAGCCAGUUCCUUCAGAUCAGAGAAUCCAUUUUUUCUGGUUAUAAUGCAGCCUUCAUACAUUAACCCUGGUCGAAAAAUGUGCAUACCAAAGGAGUUCACUAUGAAGUUUCUAAAAGAAAAUCUUGGUGAUUUAACCCUUUGCACUUCGGAAGGGAAAACUUGGUCUACUCAGUACUGGCGCUAUAUAAGCAGAAACAAGUACACAAAAGCAAUCAUCCAUAUUGGUUGGAGGCAAUUCAUGCUGGACAACAAUCUGGAAGCUGGUGAUGUUUGUGUCUUUGAGCUGAUUUCGCAAACUGAAAGCAUGCUGAAAGUAAUUAUUUACCGUGUUCGUCAAGAUACAAGCUGUAGUUCUCCAUUGGGUGGAAUAAACUCUUCGGAAAAUGGUGGUAACGUAAACUCAUCAACACUGGGAAGCACAGAGUCUAAUCAUGAUUGCUUGAUGCGACCAAUGACGCCUGUUGAGAAAGCAAGAGCUAUUCUGAAAGCAAGUAAUUUCAAAUCUAAAAACCCUUUUUUCAAGGUUGUAAUGCAACCCAGAUACUUGAUCUUAAGAUGUAGCCUGGGUAUACCAUACAAAUUUGUUAACAGACAUCUUGAUGAAGAGAAGGAGGAAGCCAUCCUUCGAGUUUCGGAUGGGCGAACUUGGGUUGUCAAGUUUACUGUUAAAGUAUUCACUGGUGGACAACAUAAAGCUGAAUUCUCAACCUGGAGGGCUUUUGCACGGGACAAUAACUUGGAAGUUGGUGAUGUAUGCGUCUUUGAGCUGAUUAACCGCCAUGAAAAUUCAUUCAAGGUCUCCAUUUUUUCAGCAGCACCAGGAGCUAAUUCUUCUCUGUCACCACAAGCUGAUGAUGCUGAAGCCAGUCAAGUUGCAUCCAAGAAUUGCUUGGUACCUAGAAUUGAAGCUGAUGAUGAUUUUGGCAAUUGUUAUGCUGGAAAUUCUACUGAUGAUGCUAUAGCCAGUCAAGUUGCAUCUAAAGAUUGGCUGGUACCAAAAAUUGAAGCUGAUGAUGAUUUUGGCAAAUGUCAUGUUGGAAAUUCUAGCUCUGCUGCCCAAUUCCCUGCCAUAGGAUAUCAAGAAACUGAAGAGGAAGUCCAGCCUACUAUAUCUACAAGGCCAAGAGGCCCACAACGGCUGCAAGCUGGCGAAAAAGCUAAAGCUCUUCAACGAGCCAGUGGUUUCAAGUCUCAGAAUCCAUUUUUCACUGUUGCUAUGCAGCCAUCUUAUGUUAGUAAUGGGUAUAGACUGGCUAUACCAUUGGACUUUUCCAGGAAAUACUUGAGGAAUGGGAGUGGUAAUGCAAUCCUGUCCAUGGUGGGAGAUGGGAAGACAUGGUUGACCAAGUAUCAUCGCGAAGCAAAGGGAACAAACCCCAGAGCAAAGUUGAUUGAUGGGUGGAAGACUUUUGCAAAAGAUAAUAACUUGGAAAUUGGUGAUGUUUGCGUCUUUGAGAUGAUCAAUUCAGAGGGCUAUCAAUUGUCUUUGAAUGUAGCUAUUUACAAACCUCAAGAGGAUCAAACAUAGCUCUCCUAUAAAAUCUUUGUUUAUCUCUAUUGUAACCUAAUUACCUCGCCAUUAGUAAAAGGGUCUGCUGUUGGAAUUUCCUUUUUUUCA